UACGAGGCCCUUUCGGCUGUCCGUUCUCCAUUGACUUCAAUUGCCAACCGUCUGGUAGUUCCGUGAAGAUCUUCUCGUUCCCUUCUCCUGCUUUUUAUACCCCCCAGUUCGACCAUGGCUGCUCCCCGACUUUUCCGCCCGGCAGCUCGCCUGCUUUCUUCACGCCUUUCUUCGGCGCCUCUUCGCCCUGCUUUCUCCCAGACCGCAUGCGCACCCUCAAUUCUGCGUUUCCGAGGGUAUGCUACCGAGACCGGUACCAAGGAGGUUACGGUCCGUGAUGCACUGAACGAGGCGCUCGCCGAGGAGCUGGAGGGCAACAAGAAAACUUUCAUCUUGGGAGAGGAGGUUGCGCAGUACAACGGAGCGUACAAGGUGACGAGAGGUCUGUUGGACCGCUUUGGUCCCAAGCGGGUCAUUGAUACCCCCAUCACGGAGGCCGGUUUUUGUGGUCUCGCCGUCGGUGCUGCUCUUGCUGGACUGCACCCCAUUUGCGAGUUCAUGACCUUCAACUUUGCCAUGCAGGCUAUCGAUCAGAUCAUCAACUCCGCUGCCAAGACGCACUAUAUGUCUGGUGGAAUCCAGCCCUGCAACAUCACUUUUCGCGGACCGAACGGAUUCGCCGCCGGUGUUGCCGCCCAGCACUCCCAGGACUAUUCCGCUUGGUACGGUAGCAUCCCUGGAUUGAAGGUUGUUGCGCCUUGGAGCGCUGAGGAUGCCAAGGGUCUGUUGAAGGCUGCCAUCCGUGACCCCAACCCCGUCGUCGUCCUGGAGAACGAGCUGUUGUACGGCCAGGCCUUCCCGAUGAGCGAGGCUGCUCAGAAGAGCGAUUUCGUCCUCCCUAUUGGCAAGGCCAAGAUUGAACGCCCCGGCAAGGAUUUGACUAUUGUUACCCUUUCCCGCUGUGUUGGACAGUCGCUCAAUGCUGCUGCCGAGCUUAAGCAGAAGUACGGUGUCGACGCGGAGGUGAUCAACCUGCGGUCCGUUAAGCCCCUUGACGUGGAGACCAUCAUCCAGUCGCUCAAGAAGACUGGCCGUCUCAUGUGCGUCGAGUCUGGAUUCCCCAUGUUCGGUGUCUCCUCCGAAAUUCUUGCUCUGUCUAUGGAGUACGGCUUUGACUACCUGACUGCUCCUGCGGUCCGUGUGACUGGCGCUGAGGUGCCUACCCCUUACGCCGCCGGCCUUGAGCAAAUGAGCUUCCCCCAGGAGGACACCAUUGUCAGCCAGGCUGCCAAGCUGCUGCGGCUGUGAAGUGGGUCGCUGUACAUCAACCGACGGCGUCUGAGAAAAUCUGAAGUAAUAAAACCAUCUGUCUAGUACCCUCUUAUUGUCGCAGCCAUUGCCUCCUCUUCUCCCAUUCUCCCUAACCACCCGAUUUCCUGGAAUUUGUACGACUAUACAACGCAAUCAACAUCAAUCCGCAUCUUAGAAGC